AUGGUUAUCGUAUCGUAUCUUAUAGAUUAUGGAUGCUACUUAACUCUUUCUCUCCAAAUUCAUUUUCCUUGCAGUGAGAAAGCAUAUGAUGCCUAUGUAUCAUCCAGAUAUUGGCCUAAUGAUGAUAUAGCUGAAGUUUUGGUCCAAGAUGUCUGCAACACCAAACCACAGUACUGCAGUACUUUGAAAAACAAAACUAGUGCACAAAAAAGGGACAAUUUUCUCAAAUUAAACAUCUACUACAGAGAUCUGAAUUAUGAAGAAAUCAAUGAAGAACCAGACUAUGAUACGUAUCAAGUGAUGUCGGACUUUGGAGGGACCAUAGGACUUUGGCUCGGCUUCUCCAUGUUGAGUUUGUUUGAAAUACUUCAAAUCUUUGUACCAUUGUUAUUGCAGGUGCUGGGUAGAAGGAAAGGACAUGCCGCGGAAGAGAGAGAAAACGAGAACGAAUCUAAACUAUGAGUGUAUGAUAACACUGUGUAUGAUAACACUGAUAGUAGACAUUUCUUGGCGAGCACAUCAUCAUCAUUAUCAUCAUCUUUAUCGUCAUCGUCAACGCCCUCAUCAUCAUCAUUAUUAUCGUCAUCAUCAUCAUUGUCUGUCCCUUGACUUUCGUAGGUGUGUUGUGACAGUUCUCACGUAACAAAAUCCGUCUAUUUUGUCACGGUUCUCAGCAAGAUAUCAAUCUCAUGAUCAACUGCCUUUAUUUUUUCUCCAACCAAAGUCAGGUACCCAUCAGAGUUGGGUGGACUCAGGAGAGCCCCGAAAAUCCCAGUCUUUACUGAGAUUCGAACCCAGGACCUCAGGUUUGGAAGCCAAGCGCUUAACCCUUCGACCACCGCGCCCCCUUGUGUAAUAAUGAUGUGUGAUAAUUAUUAUUACUAUUAUUAUUAUAAAAUGCAAUGAUUAUUUCAUGAACUUGUUCAACUUGAAAAGAUGUAUCUUGUUACUUAUAAAAUGUAAUGAACAUUUUUGUAUCGGAUAUGACGUUAUUUCAUAACAUUAAAAGCAUGUAGUCCAGAUAUGCAUCUUUCUUUAGACCUAGAAAGAAACAUAUAUCUUAAUUAUUUAUUACAGAAAAUAAAUUAC